AUCACAAAACACCUGAAAACAUCAGAUUGUUCCUGACGGUGGUGAGAGAACCGAGUUCUGGAUCCAGAGUCUGAACAGAACCGGCCGUCCUGCAGCUGCUGGCGUGGCGGUCAGACGGUGACGUCCUGUCAUCCGUCCGUCUGUGACGAAGAGCAGCGCUCCACCUGCGGCUCUGCUCCAACAUCAAACACCUGCAGCUCUCCGCCUCAUCAGGGCUCUUUGUUCUGCAGGAGAUCCAAUCAGAGCCGCUGCUCUGGUUCCUGUUAUCACUGACCAGAACCGACCCGGGACCCGCCGGCCAGCCAAUUGGCUCCCAGCUGGAUCCUCCUCCUCCUGCUCUGCCUCCAGCCCUCAGUCUGACUCCGACUAUCCAGCUGCUCACACCGACCGAAUGCUCAGCAGUGGCCAAUCAGAGCACCAGGUGUGAUCAGGUGAGGGUCGUCAUGACGAUGCUAUGUUCUGUCUGGAGGACGCUGGACAAAUCUUCAAGUUUGACUCGUCUAAAAGUCCUGAAGGAGAUGAAGAGGAUGAUCUACAGCAAACCUCCUCGACACCGGGUCGGAGCUGCUCAAAGUUUCUUCGUCAUGUCUGUGUUCGCGGCGGCCAUGUUGGCCCCAGCAGCCUGGAUCCUUUACCACCUACCGGAGUACCGGGAGCGGGCCCAGCAAGUCCCGCGGACCUGACUUUCCUCUUCCUGUUCUUACCGUGAAACUGAAUUAUUAUUAACCUUUGAUCUGGAAUAAUGUGUCGUGAAACCAGUCAGGCUUUUAUUCUGAAAAACCAGCAUUUAGCGUGUUCAUGAUACUUUAUGUAUUUUAAUCUUUGUCAUGUCGUCAUCAGCAGUUCAUUUUUCCUUGCGAAACUCACCUGUCGUCUUUUCAAAAUAAAAGCGUUCUGUGAUUUGGUGUUAUUUUUCCAUCGGAUGAUACUGUGUCCACUCCCAUGAUUCUGUUUGUUUUCUUCCAUCUGCUGGUUUACUAAGUUAAUCACUUCCUGUUUAACAUCACGGGCUCCCACGGACACAGGAAGU